AUGGAGAGUCAGGUGUCUAGCACGAAUCAGGUGGAGGCAGUCGCCGCCGCGGCAAGCAAAGCGCCUCUGCAGCCCGCGGAGCCGAGCCCGGUUGUGGAUGAGCGCAUGAGCGACUCCGGCUCCAGCGACGCGACGGGAAAGACAAAGGAGGAGGACGACGACGAAGUGAGUGGGAAGAGCCCCGAAGAGCGCAUGACCUUCGCGCUGUCCUGCAAAGACUCUGGAAACGACCUCUUCAAAAGUGGAGACAACUCGAACGCGAAGCAGAAGUACCAGGAGGGUUUGAAGUUUCUGAAGGACUUGGAUCUGCCGGAUGCGAAGCGCCUCCGCAUCGCCCUCAACUCGAACGUCGCGAUGUGCUGCCUCAAGAGCGAAGCGUGGUCAGAGGCGAUCGCCGCGGCGAACGCCGUCCUGAAGGAGGAACCUGAAAACGUGAAGGCUCUGUAUCGACGCGGCGUCGCUCGCAGCGCUUUCGGGUUCUACGAGGAAGCGAAGGCAGAUCUGCUUCAAGUCGCGCGACUGGAUCCAAAGAACGCGGACGCGCGGAAGGAGCUUGAGAAGGUGAAGGAGCGCAUCUCCAAGCACAAUGAAGAGAAGAAGAAAGCCUUCAGCGGUUUGUUCGAUAGGGCCGCGGGCAUGUACGCAGACCGCGAAGAGCAGAUGCGCCAGAAGCGCCUCCAGGAGGAAGAAGAGGAGAGGAGGCAGAAGACGAUCUGGGAGAAGGAAAUGGAAGAGCGGAAAGAGAAGGGAGAAGAGGAGAUCUCGUUCGACAUCUGGAAGGAGGAGAAGAAGAAGGAAGAAGAAAACAAGGAGAAGGCGAAGCGCGAGCGCGGUGAAGCGUCGUCUUCUUCCCCCACAGGUCGGUCUGGCAAAUCUUCUGCCAGCGGCGCGACGGAGACGCUGGAGCUGGACGAGGAGGACCAAAAGAUCAUCGAUGAGACGAAAAAAAUGGGCUACUGCUACUUCCGCAGAAACCUGACCGAGGAGGAAAAACAGUUGAAUGCGCAGCAUCGCCCGACGAAAAUCGACCCUCCCGCGCCCGCGAGCCCUGGCAACGGAUCUGCCGGCGCGAGCUCGCCUCUGGCGGCGGGAUCUGCCGACGCGGCGAAGCAGAGCGGCGUCUCCUCGUGGAACUCCAAGGGAACGACGUACGAAGAAAAAGACAUGUCGCAGUGGGCGAAGAAACGCUUCGAAGAGCGCCUGAAGGAGGCGAAGGUCGUCCGCGGCGACGACAUCGACUCGCUGCUGAGAAACCCCGAGCAGCUCAUGGGUGCCCUCCAGGCGCCGGGCGCGGGCGGUGAUGCAGAUCCUCUGGCGUCUCUGCAGAAGCUCAUGGGACAGUUCAUGCACACCGAGAUCAAAUGCAAGGAUGUGACUGGGCUGACCGGCGACGCGCAGGUUGUAGUGAUGCGCGGCACGAAGCGCUUCCUGUUUGAGUUUUCCUGCACGGUUGUCUUCGAAGUCUCUGGCGAGCUGAAGCUUCCGGAAAACGGCGCCCUGCCCCCUCUGCCUGGCGCUCCAGACGACACCCACUUCUGCUACAAGGGCGAGCUGUCGCUUCCGGAAGUGAGCAGCGCGGAGAGCAAGGGCGAGGCGUGGCUCGCGGGCAGCCGCAUCAAAAUGAAGCACAAAGUCGACCCGCGCAACCAAGCAGUCGUGGACGAGUGCAUCGACGCGUUUAAGAAGAAGCUCGUCGAACAGAUUCAUCAUUUCCUGGCGGACUUCUCCAAGACUGCGUAA